AUGGUUAACACAGUUAACCAUUUACUUGAUGACAGCAAAUAUGUUCUUGGAGUGAGCUUAGACAUAUCUAAAGCAUUUGACUCUGCUUGGUGGCCAUUUAUUACACAUCAAUUGCGAAAGUUAAAUUGUCCUCGUAACAUCCUACAACUAUUUCAGGAUUAUUUAAAUGAACGUACUGCAACUAUACAGUAUGGACAACAUCAGGUGAAUAAAAUCAUUACAAGAGGUUGCCCGCAGGGGUCUGUCUGUGGACCCCUGCUUUGGAAUAUCACUUUCGAUGCCUUCCUUAAAGAAACCCUCGGACAAACAGAUUCCUUUGCUUAUGCUGACGACGUUAUAAUGCUGCUAGGAGGUCGAUCAAGGUCUGACCUUGAGUACAAAGCCAACUACCUGUUACAACUGAUUUACACAUGGGGAAAUAAACACAAACUUAACUUCAAUCCUCUAAAGACUAGAGGUAUUGUUUUCAACAAAUCAGGUAAACACAACCUUUAUCUCAGACCACCACAUCUUAAAAUGAAUAACAACACAAUCAAAGUUGAAAAAACUCUUAAAUACCUGGGUGUUAUACUUGACUUCCGACUCUCGUGGGAUAAACACGUGGAAUAUAUCUCUAACCGUACAGGAUUUAUACUUCAAGCUUUUGCACAAGUAGCCAGAAGAGACUGGGGACUAUCUGCAGAUGCAAUGUCCAUUAUUUAUGACAGUAUAUAUAUUCCUAUCAUUACAUAUGCAUGUGGAACUUGGGGAUGGGCCACUCAUAAGAUACAUACUAAAAGGAAACUAGUCUCAUCGCAAAGACGUGCUCUUCUACUCAUAACCAAGGCAUUUCGAACUGCAAGCAAUCAAUCCUUACAAGUUAUUGCGAAAAAACUACCAAUAGACCUAACAAUUAUGAUGAAAGAGAAAUUGCAACAAGCCAAAUGGGGUGAAAAUAUUAUGACAUACUCUAGAACGAUAUUACACAAUAACAUUGAAUGGAACUCUCCUUACUGUGACACCUCUCCCCCCGGUAUUCCCUUAAAUUACACUUUUGAAAGCAAUAACUAUGCUGAUGUAGAUAUAUAUUCUGAUGGCUCAAGAAUUAACGAUUCGGUGGGGUGUAGUUUUGUUGUCUUCAGGCAAGAUCACGAAAUAUACAAUCAGACUUAUCGUCUUGAUGACCACUGCACAGUGUUUCAGGCGGAACUUUUCGCUAUUAAAAUGAGCAUCGAUUGGAUAAACAGUAAUUAUAAUAAUAUUUCAGUUCAUAUCCACACUGACUCUUUAUCCGCUUGCAAUUUAAUUAACAACUCGAAGCUACAUCCACUUGCAGAGGAAAUCAGACAUCUUAUGAGGUUUUCCAACUGUACUUUUGCUAUCACAUGGAUCAGAGCGCAUCAGGGAACGUUAGGCAACGAAAAGGCUGAUCUCUUGGCAAAAUCUGCAGCUAAUGACAUCACUGCUCCUAUUGCCUAUAAUAAAUAUAGUCAACGUACUUUGCGCCGUAUACUUUGGGAACAUGCUCUUCAUUUAUGGCAAAUUGAAUGGGAUCGCAAUGAUCAUCAUAUCACUCAUGAAUACAUUCCUGACCUCUGUAAAUUUUUCAUGAUACAGUGGUAUUCACCCACCUACUACACCACGCAGCUGUUCACCAAUCAUGGCAAAUACGCUUCAUAUCUUGUUAGGUUCACUGAUAGAAACUCUGACCAAUGUCCUACUUGUCUUGUGACAGAUGGUUCCAAACAUUAUUUUUAUGAUUGCAUACUAUUUGAUCGUGAACGACUAGAGCUAAAAUUACUACUAAAUCAACAAGGAAUUAACUGGCCCUGCCAAUUAUCAGACAUAUGGACAUCUCUUGAAGUUUAUAAUGCCUUCACCAGACUUGCUAAAAUAAAUCAGGAUUCUUUAGAAAAUCUGUUUUCACAUAUUCGAACUAGAGGUGGUUUAAAUGAUCAUCCUAGUCCACUCGAAGUAAUAUAUAGAGCAGAUUUACUGCAAGAAAUUUCAGAUAUGUCUAGUUCUAAAGAACAAGGAAUAUCUGAAAAUUCAUGCAGUGUAAAUGAUGAUGAUUUAUGUGAUAUAUCUCAGGAAAAUAUUAGAAGACCUCCGCCUUCGUAUAGUCAAGCGACUAAUCAACAUUCUUCUCUUGGAGGAUCCGGCUUGACUUUUAUAGAUGUCUUACCAGAUGUUAUUGAAGAGGGAUUGUUCUCUUCAGAAUAUGAAUCUUUUGGAAUGUUUGACUGA